AUGCAGGUCUGGCACUUUAGCAGUGGUGCGCCCACGCAGGUGCUCGCCGAGGAGCACGGCCUCUUCAGCCCAGACCAGGCCUAUGUGGUGCUGGCGGAGGUAGGAGAGACGCCAAAGAUCUACCUCUGGGCGGGAGCAGACGCCCCCAAGGACACGCUGGCCACCGCCGCCAAGCAUGCGUCAGAGCUGAAGGAAACGAUGGAUGCCUCCUACCUGCGCCAGCAGCAGGGCCACGAGGCGGCGGAGUUCAAGCAGCUCUUCCCCAAGUUUGAGAUCAGGCUGGCGGCGGUGGCAGCAGCGGCGCCGGCAGAGGCUGCACCCAAGCCCAGUUCAGAGUCUGUGACGGCAGAUGGCGAGGGGGGCGGUGAGGAGGCCGAGGAGGAGGAGCAGGAGGAGCAGGAGAGCGCAUCAGCGGCUGCCACCGCAGGCAAGAAGAAGAAGCGCAAGAACAAGAAGAAGAGCAGCCAGCAGCAGGAGGCCGUGGCUGAGCCGGCCGCGCCCUCACCAACAGCUAGCCCUGCCAAGCAGCAGCAGGCUGCACCCGCCUCCCCCACGCUCUCUGUAGGCGCCGCCGCCUUCUCGCCCGCUUCGGCAGCGAAGCCGGCCUCGCCGCCAGCAGCAGCCGCAAACGCAUCUGCGGCACCCGCUGCUGCCAAGACUGCAUCGCCGCCGCCCGCCGCUGCAAAGGCAUCGCCGCCGCCGCCGCCCGUAGCAACCAAGGAGGCGUCUCCGUUGCCCGUAGCAACCAAGGAGGCGGCUCCGGACCCCUCGUCUCCCAAGAUCUCGCUGGUGUUUGCGCCUGCCAAGGUGUCGGUGGUGGUGGAGCCUCCCAAGGCCUCGGAGUCGUCGCCGCCUGCCAACACCGCCUCGCCCGCACCCGCUGCUGCCAUGGCAGCGACAGCAGCGGCUGCCCCACGCCCCGCACCGCCAGCAGCAUCAAAGGCGCCUCCAGCUCAGACCACCCCUGCCGCCAAGGGAACCGUGGAUAAUGUGGGCGUGGAGAGCGUCAGCAAGUCCAAGCAGCAGCUGAUGGACCGCCUGGGUGGCACCAUGGCAGACCCUCUGGCGCAGAAGAAGCAGAACAAGGAUGCGACCAAGGGAGGCAAGGCAUCCACCUACCUGGCCGAUUCUGCCAAGGCCUGGGGCGGCGUGAACAACGGCGAUGGCACCCCCAAAGCCGCCCAGGCCAAGGUGAAGCCUGGCGACAAAAGCUUUGGCUACGAGGAGCUGAAGAACAUGCGUGUGGAGAGUGGCAUCGACAUGGCGAGCAAGGAGUCGUACCUGUCGGAGUCGGAGUUUGAGAAGGUGUUUGGCAAGAAUCGCGCGGCCUUCAAGGCGAUGCCAGCCUGGCGGCAGCAGAUGGCCAAGAAGCAGAACUGUGAGCUGUAA